AAUAAGGGCCCCCGGCCCGAGGCUCCCGGCCAAGUUGGACGUCGCGACCUGAGCGAGGGCCAGGUCAGCGCCGGGCCCCACGAGGCGAAGCCAAGCGACCCGCGUUCGGCCAUGGCCUCGCUGCUGGGAGCCUACCCGUGGACCGAGGGACUGGAGUGUCCCGCCCUGGAAGCCGAGCUGUCGGAUGGGCUGUCGCCGCCCGCCGUCCCCCGGCCUUCGGGGGACAAGGGCUCGGAAAGCCGGAUCCGGCGGCCCAUGAAUGCCUUCAUGGUGUGGGCCAAAGAUGAAAGAAAACGCCUGGCGGUGCAGAACCCGGACUUGCACAACGCGGAGCUCAGCAAGAUGCUGGGAAAGUCAUGGAAGGCGCUGACGCUGUCCCAGAAGAGGCCCUAUGUGGACGAGGCGGAGCGGCUGCGCCUACAGCACAUGCAGGACUACCCCAACUACAAGUACCGGCCCCGCAGGAAGAAACAAGGCAAGCGCCUCUGCAAGCGUGUGGACCCUGGCUUCCUCCUGACCUCCCUCUCCCGCGAUCAGAACGUGCUGCCUGAGAAAAACGGCGGCGUUGGCAGGGGGGCCCUGGGGGAGAAGGAGGACAGGGGUGAGUACUCCCCGGGUGCUGCCCUGCCUGGACUGCACAGCUGCUACCGCGAAGGUGUGGCUGGUGCCCCCGGCAGCGCGGACACAUAUCCCUACGGGCUGCCCACACCCCCAGAGAUGUCGCCUCUGGACGCGCUGGAGCCUGAGCAGACCUUCUUCUCGUCCUCCUGUCAGGAGGAGCAUGGCCACCCUCAGCGCCUCCCCCAUCUACCAGGGCCCCCUUACUCACCAGAGUUCACGCCUAGUCCCCUUCACUGCAGCCAUCCUCUAGGCUCUUUGGCCCUUGGCCAAUCCCCAGGGGUCUCUAUGAUGUCCUCUGUUCCUGGCUGUCCCCCGUCUCCGGCCUACUACUCCCCUGCCACCUACCACCCUCUCCACCCCAACCUCCAGGCCCACUUGGGCCAGCUGUCCCCACCUCCCGAGCACCCUGGCUUUGACACCCUGGAUCAGCUAAGCCAGGUGGAACUUCUGGGGGACAUGGAUCGUAAUGAAUUUGACCAGUAUUUGAACACUCCUGGCCACCCUGACUCUGCUGCAGGGGCUGGUACCCUCAGUGGCCAUGCCCCACUCUCCCAGGGGACUCCAACGGGCCCCACAGAGACCAGCCUCAUCUCUGUCCUGGCUGAUGCCACGGCCACAUACUACAACAGCUACAGUGUGUCGUAGAGCCAGAGGCAUGGAGCCUGGCCAGAUCCCGCGCCGUCCUCUCCUUUCCCUGAAGCACCGAGCAGAGCAGAAACUGUAAUGCUACAGCUCCUUGGUGGCAGGAGGUCAGAACUGCUAUCCCAGAGCCUUCAGUCAAACACCAGGAUCAGGCGCUCCUUCUGUCCCUUCAAAUGUGUUCCGCUGGCUUCACGCUGGAAGCACAGCCUUGAGGGGCUGUAUGCGGGAGGACUGAGUCCAAUGCACUGGAGCUCCUGCUUUUGAUGUAGUCACUUCUGGUCCCUGGUGCUCCCCAUGAGAGGGACCCUGGGCCUGGGGUCCAUCCUAGCUCAGUCUGUAACUGGCAAAACUCCAUUCUGGCUUGCCUAGCCCUAACUGUUCUGUCCUGUAAAGCGAGGAUUGGCUUGACAGCCAAGCGCCUGCUCUAUGGAUGCCUGAGUAACAGCCCUCACAAGGCCAAGCAAAAUAUGACCCCCGGUAACGGGCAGCCUCACAGAGACUUCAUGUGCCCUGCCCAAGGUCCCAGGUUUUCUGCUUUCCUAUACUCCCAUCCACAUUCCAAAGGAACUUCUCCAGUUAAGAAAAACAUUCACCCUUUGAGCCAGCAAAAUGAUGCAGGAUGGCUCAGUGGGUAAGGGUGCCUGCUGCCAAGCCCGAUGACCUGAGUUCUAUCCCCGGAACCUCCAUGGUGGAAGAAGAGAGCCGACUCCUGCAAGUUGUAUUCUGACCUCUGUCCAUGCCGUAACACACGUGCCCCGCAUUGUGUGUGUGCUUGGGCAUACUCACGUGUACACGUACACGUACUAAAUGUAAUCUUUACGAACCCUGGUUCAGGAAAUUCAUGAGUAUAUUCAACUGCAUCAGUGAAAGCAAAACUGGAUUUGAAGUUGUUGCAUUUGUUUUUGGUUUUAUUUUGUUUUGUUUCAUUUUCUGAGACAGGGUUUCUCUGUGUAGCCCUAGCUGUCCUGGAAUUCACUUUGUAGACCAGGUUGGUCUUGAACUCAAAGGGAAGCCUGUCUCUGCCUCCUGAGUGCUGGGAUUAAAGGUGAGUGCCACUAUACCCAGCCUUAAAUUUUAUUUAAAUACAUACCUUAGAUAUACUAUAUAGAUUUUGUUGUUGUUGUUGUUACGUACAUCUCAGGAGACUACAGUGUGAGAGAAAUGCCCUCAUGCAGGCACACCUCCCCCCUCCCCAAGGGGUGGAGCCUGAUUUAAAUUCCUCUUAACUGUAGCAAAGUCUCACCACCUACCUGCUGAAUGAACCAAAGAGCAAGGAAAUCUAAAAAGUCUGUCCACAAAGCAGCAGCAUUGGGGUCUGCUGAUGUUUCCAGCAAAGCUGUAGCAGAGCCCUAUUGGCAGAUGUGGAGAUUGACUUACUCUCUUCUCCCUUACUCUCCCUCCACUUCAAACUGGCCUCUAACUCAAAGGGCCCCUCGCUUGAAAUCCCAGGCUUUAUUCCCCUGGCCAUGAGGGGAGCUUGGUUCUUCUUCCUCAAGUGGAUACAUCAGAACAGAUCCCCUGUGUCACCGUCCUUUGGCUGUCCCGAACAAACACACUGUGACAUCCAAAGAGGUUCCACCCCAGACACUUCCAUCCCCUAAGCCUCUUUUGAAGGAACAUACCAAACACUGAGCUCACAGACGCUUGCAUGUCCGUGGACAUGUGUGUAUUAUUGCCUCUAUGAAAUGUGUUUUUAUAUCCUGCUGUUAUCUCCACCUUAUAUUUUGUAUUGUUGACAGACCUCCCCAGAAGUCCUAUUAUAAAAUCACUUACAUGAUAUGCUUAAUUUUUAUGUUAUUGCUAUAUAUGCCAUUUGGUGGUAAAUAGUGAAUGGUUGAUGAUAUGACUGACUGGUGCCCAGUCCCAGAUGUGUAUUAAUAAUCUUGUAAAACAGUAUCUCAGAUGUUAAGCUACUCUGUUCCAUUUUUUUAAAGUAAACGACAUAUGCAUGGGACAGUUAUGAAUAUUGAUUUGUCAAAAAUGUUUAAUUUAAAUAAAUGU